AUGGUAGGCUUCGAUGCAAAAAAUUUACAUAUUCUUGAUACGAAAUUUAUUUGUCCUGUGUGUUUUUUGAUAUUACGAGAUCCAGUACAAUUGACUGAAUGUGGUCAUCGAUAUUGUCAAACAUGUUUAAAUGUUGCACAAGAAAAAACAAGUAAAUGUCCGCAAUGUCAAGCAGAAACAUUAUCAACUAGUAUACGACUUGAUCGAGGCUUCAAAAAUGACAUGAAAACACUACCCAUUGAUUGUUCUUUUUGUCAGUGGACUGGUAUCUUAAAUAAUUAUCAAGAACAUCUUGAUCAAUAUCAUUUAAAUCUCAAAUGUGAAGAUUGUGGAGAACAAUUCAAUUCAUUUAACAGAUUUAAUGAACAUAAAGUCUUCGAAUGUCAACAGCUGCCUGUUAACUGUCCAUUAAAACGCUUUGGUUGUAAUGAACAAAUUAUCCGUGCUGAAAUGAAAAAUCAUUAUUUGAAUGAACAACAUCAACAUACCAUACUCAAUGUUGUUCGUCAAAUAUUAUUGCAAUUAAAUGAUAAACAAAUGGAUACUGAUCUUCCUCGAACAACAACUACAGGAACUUGUAAUUCGUCUAUAGGUCAAUUAGAAGAGCUUUAUGAAAUGUUCAAUAUCUUGGGAGAUGGCAUCGAAACAUUGACCAAUAAUGAACAAUGUCAAAGUAAUCAAUCACUUCAAAUACCAAUCAUAUCUCCUACAUUGACAGAAGAACCGAAUGUUAAAUUAUCCGUUGAUGAAUCUAAUGCUUUUUUGGAAGGAGUAAAUCAUAAUCAAGACAUACUCAAUCAAGAUUUAGCAUCAUUGCAAGAAAAAACCAAUGAUUUGCAACAUGUAUCAUAUGAUGGAACACUUGUUUGGAAAAUUACAAAUUUUCAAGAGAAAAUGAUUGAUGCACAAUCUGAAAGACAAACAUCCAUUUAUUCUCCUCCAUUUUAUUCUUCUCCAAAUGGUUAUAAAAUGAGAGCUCGUCUUUAUUUAAAUGGUGAUGGAAAUGCUCGUCGUACACAUAUGUCACUCUUUUUUGUGCUCAUGCGAGGUUUGAAUGAUCCAAUGCUCAAGUUUCCAUUCAAUUAUAAAGUCACAUUUUGUUUAUAUGAUCAAACACCUGCAGAGCGACAUAUUAUCGAUUCAUUUCGACCAGACAUUAAAUCGAGUAGUUUUCAACGACCUCGAUCAGAUAUGAAUAUAGCUAGUGGUAUACCAAAAUUUUUCCCAUUGAAAGCUAUUCAACAGGAAGGAAAUUCUUAUGUAAGAGACGAUACAAUAUUUAUUAAAAUUUUGGUUGAUUUUGAAGAAAUUCACAAAACAUUAUUAUCCUAUGCUUUAAGUCUCAAUCCUGGCUUACCAAUAUAUAUUCAACAAGCAAUGAUCGAAAAGAAGCGACAAGAAGAUCUAAACAAAAAUCUUCAGAAUAAACUGAAACAAAAGAAAUAA